AUGGCCAAGAGGAAAUAUGGCAGGUCUUAUUCCCUCGAUGAUACAGAUGCCAGCAGCAACAAAGUCCUGAUAGUUCCAACCGGUCAAAGCUCUUCCAACGCAAUCACUGAUUUCUCUGUCAGGAAGGCGCAUGCUUGUGAUAGAUGCAGACUGAAAAAAAUCAAGUGUGACGGUUUAAAACCGAAGUGUUCAAACUGUGCGAAAAUUGAUUUUCCCUGCAAAACUUCGGAUAAAUUAUCGAGGAGAGGUCUUCCGAAGGGUUAUACAGAACUGCUCGAAAAAGAAAUCGUCCGUUUGACAAAUAUUAAUGCGAGUUCCAGCGCCAAUGCAAAUUCUAAUUUGCCGUUCAUUAAUGACACAUUUUAUUGCUUUAAUAACUACAACACUCAGUCUGAAAAUCAAAGAUUUCUGGGGCACUUGACAUGGAAUAUUCUAACUAAUACAUUUCCUACCUCGAAAGCAAUAGCUUCUUCAAAUGAUCACAAGCAAGUUGAUCUCCAACUUCAAGUAUUAACGGACUUUUUGAAUCUGAAUGGUGAUUUUAAUCAUCUACCGAACUUUCUUUUACUUAAAUAUGAUUAUAACCUUCAGUUUUUGAAAAAUUUAUUAUCUAUCGUAAUUAAAGAUUUCUUCAAAAGGCAAAAUUCUUUGUUACUUCUAUUAUACCCUUCAAAUUUAUGGAAAAAUUUGCUGUUAGACAAGAUUAAUUCGACUGCAAUCAUGGACGAACCGAUAACCCUACUGACUUUACUUUAUAUCAUUCAAUUUACUUGGUCUUGUUUUGAUGAUUUCAGACUCUUUAAAGUUACAAAGCUAGUCGUUUCUCUGACAACUAACAACACUUUAGACUUGAAGGUUCUGCAAUUGGUUAACUUAUCCAUUUUUUAUUUUAUGGGCGGCUCUGUUGAGUCUUGUAAAAGUAAAAGCUCGCCGACGGCAAAUUUAAAUGUAAAUUCAGUAAUAUGGACCAACGAUUUACUAAAUCUAAACUUCACAAACAUUUUGAAUAUGGGAUUAUAUAUAAAUCCCAAAAAUUUGAUUCCCAUAUCAGGCAAUACUAGCAGCAGUAAAUUAGAUGGAGAGGAUAAUAGAAUAGCGACGUUCUGGUGCUUCCAAUUUUUAAACUCAUGGUGGUCCUUAAUCCAAGGUUUACCAAAGUCUAAUUUUUUAGCUGAGGAAUUUCAACCGAAAUCAAUUUCGGUUCUAGAAAUUCCCAAAUUGAAGCCCUUUGAAAUUUUGCUAAACUUCAUCAUAAAUUCUUUGGAUGGAUGUAAUUUGCUGAAUAUCUCAUCAUUAAGCAUUUCGGACCCAAAUUUCCAGUUUUUUCAGAAUGAACUCGAAAACUUUAAAAAAACCCUAUUACUUUGGAAUCUUUAUCAUAAUUUAAGUGAUCACGAUAAUUUCCGAUUCUUAGCAUCGAAUCCAAAUACAAAGCUGACAACAAAUUUACUACUUAAAAAUUUGAUGAGUCUAAGUCAUAAGCUUAACCAACCUGAUUUUGUGGAGAUCCAGUUAACUUUAUUUUACUUGAGCCUGAAAUUGAUAACUUUAAAGGAAGAGGACCAAGAUUUAAAAAAAGAGGAUAUCUCAUUGGAGAUAUUGACUCUAUAUUUUUUAAUUCUUACAGAUAACUCUAAUAACGAUGAUAAUCAACAAUUACAACCACAGCAACUAAACCUUUACCAUUUUACACCCUUUAAUAGCAUUGACAUUAUUAACUUAUGUUUAAAUAAUUUGAACAAUUGGUCAGCAUCACUUAAAUACGAAAAUGGUCAAAACCAACCUCACUUGAGUAAAACAAAGUUCGAAAAAUUUCAAAACUUCUUAAAUCAUUGGUGUCCAAUAUGGUAUUAUGAUGAGUUUUCCACAAAUUCUUUUUUGCAGAUCCUCAGGGUCAACUUCAAAUUACUAUCUUUUGAGACAAUACAUUCUCCACAGCAAGAACAACGACUGUUAAUAAGUUUGAAUAAACUGAGAUAUUUGGAUACAGUGUCGAGCUUCAAUUCUAAUGCGGUGAAGUCGGAUUCCGCAUCAAAGGUCAAUACCCAACUAAACCUUUUACAACACUCAAGUUCAAAUUCCAAUUUUCUAGAUGCGUCUCCGUAUGAUUUUAAUAAGAUUUUUAUGAACAACUUUGAGAACUAUGACUAUGAAACGGACGAAGGAUAUGCAGAAGAUGACGAUGAAGAGGACAGUGACAGUGAUAAUAGCUUACCACUAGAAAUUCCUUUUAAAAAAAAUAUAACUAGAGGCAAGAGUAAGAAUAAAGAGCUUCAACAAAGAUUAUCCCUAUUUCAAAACAGUGAUAGCAGUUCGGUAAAUUUCAAUACAAAUUCAAAUUCAAAUUUGAAUCCGGAUUCACCAUCAGCAACGUCUUCUAAGAAAAAAUAUUUAGAUCAUAUCAUUUUAGAUAACAGAGACAUUGUUAACAACCAUGACUCCAGUAAACAGAAAUUCAAGAUCCAAAAUAUUUUAAACUCAACCUUUUAG